AAUAGCAGAGUGAACGUCCAAUGCUCCAUCCGCGCUGCGUCCGAAUACGUCGUGCAACACCGUCUCGUACUGACUAGAAUAUUGUGCCGUGCUUGGGAAGUCGAAAGCUGAUCCGUGGAAUACUUCGCUGUCGAAUGUUGCAGAGUACCAGAAGGAAGCGUUAAAAACGUAUACACCCUUCUACAAGCUCAUCGUUCGAUGAACGGCGGUGUGUUUUCGUUGGAGUGCUAGUUUAUGUUUUCGUUUCAUUCCGUGUGUCUGUUUCGGAAGAUAGCAGCCCCCCACACAACACACACAGUGAGAAAGAGCCGUAUGUGUCGAGUGAAGUGAGUAUUGAUUGUGUUUGGGGUGUGCAGAAAAGGAAAGAAACACUUUGUAGUGGAAAUUUAGUGAAAAUAAUAUAUAGUGCGCGCGGGGUGAUCGGUCGUGUUUUGCACAGCAUAAAUUGAAUGUAAAACGGAAGUAAAGGCACCUGCAUUCAUAACAGAAAGCAGAAGAAGAAGGAGGAGAAGAAAAAGGAAAACAACUGAAUCCCCCCCCUUUAAGCUGAAGGUGGUCGAUCGAGGAGAAAUCGUCUCCAUACUCAUCAUCGGCGAAAUGACAUAGGGCCAGAACCUGCCCGGUAGUAAAUUGAGUGGCGGACGUGGGCAUUUUUUGGAAAACACCCUCAGCAUCAACAGAGAUCAAUCCAGAAACACGAAGAUCAUCUUUGAAAGUUGGUUGCUGCUAGUUGCAGCAAGAAGCGGUCUAAAAGAUGGGAGACGUCGAUCCGGAAACGCUUUUGGAAUGGCUCUCGAUGGGGCAGGGCGACGAGCGUGACAUGCAACUGAUUGCUUUAGAGCAGCUUUGCAUGCUACUGCUCAUGUCCGAUAAUGUAGAUAGAUGUUUCGAAAGUUGUCCACCGAGAACGUUCCUGCCCGCACUAUGUAAAAUAUUCCUUGACGAGCUUGCUCCGGAAAAUGUGCUGGAGGUGACGGCCCGAGCCAUCACGUACUAUCUGGACGUGUCCUCCGAAUGCACCCGCCGCAUCGUCGCAAUCGAUGGCGCGAUCCGCGCGAUCUGCAACCGGCUCGAGGUGGCCGAUCUCGAAAGCCGAACUAGUCGCGAUCUCGCCGAACAGUGCAUCAAGGUGCUGGAGCUGAUUUGCACCCGGGAAGCGGGUGCCGUGUUUGAGGGCGGUGGCCUAAACUGUGUGCUCACCUUCAUCCGUGACAGCGGUUCGCAGAUCCACAAGGACACGCUGCAUUCGGCCAUGGCGGUCGUAUCGCGACUGUGCACGAAGGUCGAACCGCAGGGAGCGAAUGUGCAAACGUGCGUGGAGAGCCUGAGCACGCUGUUGCAGCAUGAGGAUCCGCUGGUAGCGGAUGGCGCCUUGAAGUGCUUCGCCUCGGUUGCGGAUCGAUUCACACGCAAAGGUGUCGAUCCCGCGCCGUUGGCUGAGUAUGGGCUGGUGAAGGAACUGCUGAAUCGGUUAAGCAAUGCUGCCGGCGGUCCACAGAUUUCAUCCGGCGGUGGCACGGUAGCGAUCUCCUCCAGCCUGGGAACAAACUCCUCCUCGCACCCGGAAUCAUCACCGUCAACCGCACAGCUGUCGUCGUCCGCACCGAAGACGGCCCAAGGUGCAAUGGAAGCUGGCAGAUCGAGCCAAUCGAUCGCAACUACCAUAUCGCUGCUGUCAACAUUGUGCCGCGGUUCGCCCUCUAUCACGCACGAUCUGCUCCGUUCGAACUUGCUUGAGGCGAUGGAACGCGCGUUCAAAGGAGACGAACGGUGCGUGCUGGACUGUAUGCGAUUAGCUGACCUAAUUUUGCUGCUGCUGUUCGAGGGCCGGCAGGCGCUGGGCCGAGUCGGGGGAUCGCAAGGUCAGAUAGCGCCGCGGGUAAGGCGGGCCGAUUCCAGCACGGAGCGUACCCAUCGACAGCUGAUCGAUUGCAUCCGCAGCAAGGACACCGAGGCACUGAUCGAAUCGAUCGAAUCCGGUGGUAUCGAUGUCAAUUGCAUGGAUGACGUGGGACAAACGUUGCUAAACUGGGCGUCCGCAUUCGGCACCCUAGAGAUGGUGGAGUUUCUGUGUGAUAAGGGAGCGGACGUAAACAAGGGGCAGCGCAGCUCGUCCCUUCACUAUGCGGCCUGCUUCGGGCGACCCGGUAUCGCGAAGGUGCUACUUAAGCAUGGUGCCAAUCCCGAUCUGCGCGACGAGGACGGUAAAACACCGCUCGAUAAGGCGCGCGAGCGUCCAGAUGAAGGCCAUCGAGAGGUGGCCUCGAUCUUGCAGUCACCAGGUGAAUGGAUGAUGGCGGCUACGAGGUCGGAUGUGAAGUGUGGUGAAAGUGGUGACGAGACGGGUUUAGGAGAACCCCGCGGCGAUCCCGAAAUGGCACCGGUAUAUCUGAAGUUUUUCCUACCGACGUUCUGUAAAACUUUCCAAAGCACAAUGCUUGCUAGCGUGCGUAGAUCUAGCUUAGGACUUAUCAAGAAAAUGAUCCAGUACGUUCAACCAGAGGUUCUUUCGAAGCUAUGCUCUUCGGAGGGACUGCAAAGCUACGAGCAAAGCUUAGGCACGCUUCUAGUCGAAGUCAUCGCGAGCGUACUGGACAAUGAGGAUGAUGAAGAUGGCCAUCUGGUGGUGCUGACGAUUGUGCAAGAGCUUAUGUCAAAGACGCAAAACGAUUUCCUCGAUCACUUCGCGCGGUUGGGCGUUUACACAAAGGUUCAAGCGCUGAUGGCUUGCGGUUCCGGUACCGUAACGGUAACACCGGGAGGAUCCAGUGGUCCCGUAGUAGUAACCGCAUCUGCCACCGGUACGACGGUGUCUGUCGAGGACGCCAAGGAGAUACUCCACGGAAAAGCUUACCAUUGGCACGAUUGGAGUAUAUGCCGUGGGCGCGAUUGUUUGUACGUGUGGUCGGAUUCGGCUGCGUUAGAGCUUUCGAAUGGAUCGAACGGAUGGUUCCGGUUCAUACUUGACGGCAAACUGGCGACAAUGUACUCUAGUGGAAGUCCCGAAAAUGGCAGUGAUAGCACGGAAAAUCGUGGAGAAUUUCUCGAAAAGCUUCAGCGUGCCCGUGCAGCCGUACGUCAGGUUACCGUAUCGCAACCGAUCCUGUCGGCGCCAAGCUUGGCACGCAUAGCGGUCGGCAAUUGGGUGUUGCAAAGUCAGAAAGAACAUCAACUACAUAUCAACAAUUCCGAGGGCCAUCAGGUGACGAUCCUGCAAGACGAACUGCCCGGCUUCAUCUUCGAGAGCAACCGCGGCACAAAGCACACAUUCACUGCAGAAACAACGUUGGGACCAGAUUUUGCAGCCGGCUGGAUAAAUACAAAGAAGAAGAAAAUGCGCUGCAAGGCCGAGGCACAGAAAUAUCAGCUUAAUAAAUUGGCUCGUGAUCUAUACAAUCGCUAUUUCAAGGCUGCACAAGCUAUACCACGUGGAGCUGUAGCGAAGCUGUCCAAGAUUGUGCAUCAGAUCGAGAUCGCCUUGGAGGAGCAGCAAUCAUCUGCCAGUGUAAGCUGGCAGGAGAAGCUUUACAACGCUUUAAACGAGUUGGUACAUCUACUGAAUGAAGACGGUGUGAUUAGUGCGUACGAGAUGUACAGUUCCGGUUUGGUGCAGGCGUUGGUGGCAGUGCUUUCUCCCAACUACUGGGACUUGGGCAUGAACCGCAACAAAGCAAACAAAUAUCAAAAGCAACGACUAUCGAUCUUCAAGAAGUGUAUGUACGGAGGUGAAAUGAAAACGGGCAAAAACACGGCAGCUAUCCUGGUGCAGAAGCUGGUUGCGGUGCUGGAAAGCAUCGAGAAGCUACCAGUGUACAUGUACGAUUCGCCGGGUGGUAGUUAUGGACUGCAAAUAUUGACGAAGAAGCUUAGCUUCCGGUUGGAGCGAGCGGCCUGCGAACAGACACUGUUUGAUCGGACUGGUCGUAACCUUAAGAUGGAACCGUUGGCAACCGUGGGACACUUGAAUAAAUAUCUGCUGAAGAUGGUCGCUAAGCAGUGGUACGAUAUGGAGCGAUCAUCGUUUUUAUAUCUACGCAAGAUGAAGGAAGCGAAACAGGGUACGAUGCAGUUCCGGCAUCGGCAUGAUUUCGAUGAGAACGGUAUCAUCUACUACAUUGGUACGAAUGGAAAGACGCUCGAGUGGGUCAAUCCGGCCCAGUACGGUCUCGUGACUGUGACGAGCAGCGAAGGCAAACAGCUGCCGUACGGUAAGUUGGAGGAUAUUUUGUCGCGCGACAGUGUCAGUGUAAAUUGUCACACGAAGGACAACAAGAAGUCUUGGUUCGCGAUCGAUCUGGGAAUAUUCAUUAUUCCGACGGCGUACACGCUUCGUCAUGCUCGUGGGUAUGGGCGUUCAGCACUGCGCAACUGGAUGUUCCAGAUGUCGAAAGAUGGCGUCAACUGGAUCACAAUGCUAACUCACACGGACGACAAAAGUCUCGCAGAACCGGGCAGCACCUGUACAUGGCCAAUCGAUUGUUCCGCCGACGAACAGCAAGGCUACCGGCAUGUGCGCAUUCACCAGAACGGGCGCAACGCAUCCGGCCAGACACAUUAUUUGAGCCUCAGUGGGUUCGAAAUCUACGGCAAGGUGAUGUCGGUAUGCGAGGACAUGGACAAAACGGCAGCCAAAGAGAACGAGGCCAAGUUGCGCAAAGAACGACGUCAAGUUCGUUCGCAGCUUAAGUACAUCACCGAUGGAGCGCGUGUAGUUCGUGGUGUAGAUUGGCACUGGGACGAUCAGGACGGAAAUCCACCCGGGGAAGGUACGGUUAUCGCAGAGAUCCAUAAUGGUUGGAUAGACGUAAAGUGGGACCACGGUAUGCGCAAUUCGUACCGUAUGGGAGCUGAGGGGAAGUAUGAUUUGAAGUUGGCCAAUGUCGAUGGACUGUUUUCAUCUUCCGCCAACGUCCAAUGCGAGGUGGAUGGUUCCGUAUCCAGCAAGAAGAAGAUCUACGACAAGUCGCUGAAUGUGUUGACUAGCCGCAAAUCAAGUUCAACGCCUAGUCUGCCGGAUGCGACGACCGAAAACCGAUCUUCCGUUGCGUCUACCGAACAGGCAACGUCAGCCGAUAACCUGUCCUGGAAACAGGCGGUAGAAGUGAUCACAGAGAAUGUUCUUUCUUCGGCCCGCUCAGAUCUAGCUACGGUCGGUAGUGGCGGUAGCAGCAAUGAUCUGUCCUCAUCGGUGGUAACUUCCGGCGCCGGUGGUGGCAACAACCAAGAAGUAUCCGUCACGGUACAUUCAUCGUUGAGCGAACGAGGAAACAAUAUUCCCGACCUGUCCCAAAUUAACAGCAGCACGUCGAUGUUGGUAUCGGAUUUGGCCACCAUUACGGAGAAUCUGUCUCUGUCGGAUGGUCCAACAAAACAGAGCGUUGCAGCAACGUCGUCUACCGGCACCGGUCAGCAGUUUGUGAGCAACAUUAGCGGCAACAGUGGAUCCAGUGUUCCCGUUCUGAUGGGAUCUUCGUCCUCAUCCUCUUCAUCGUCGUCUACGGAGGAAAACAACAAAACGAACAACAUCAACGAAACGAAUAAUAAAAUCAAUUUAACCAGCGGCAGCGGUGGUAGCAGUGUUGCCAGCGGCAGUAGUGCAUCCAGCGGAAAGACCGGUCUAUCCUACCUGCAGACAAGGUUAGACAUGAUGGGAAAGAUGCGCGAAGGCGUGGACAUGCUUCGAAACAACACGAACAAUUUUCUCUCGUCGGAGCUGCUCACCCAAUCGAAUCUGCUUUCGUCCGUAAAGAUUGCAUUCCCACCAAUACCGCCGCCUACCGCCUCUGCCGGAAGUGGCGUUAGCGGUGGAGCAUCGUACGGAAAUAGCAUUUUUGUGGCAAGUACAAGCACCGGCACAAACUCGGCGGCACCAUCAGCGACGGCUUCAACGGGCGCUAAAACACCUUCGGAUAAGUUCGAUGUGAAAUUCAACAAUACCGCCUCAUCGAAUGGUUCCAAUGUGUCUGUGAACACGUUUAAGAAGGUUCUGAACGAAGCAAAGCAGUUCUCGUCUGCGGUCGAUUCAAUGUCUACCGGUGGCCGCGAUGCGACGAAUAAUUUGAAGAACAACAUAGUGGUGGUUGGAUCUACGGAAACGGUCCUGGGAGCUUCACAGGAUGAUCCUAAUGCGGACUGUCUGCUGGGAUCCGUGUCCGGUAGCGAUGGCGUUAAUGUGGUCCCCGUAGUGGUGCCCUCUUCGAAUCCGAUGAGCGUGAGCGUACCGAAUCUGACGAGUAGCGGCAAUGGCAGCAACAAUCAUCAGCAUCAUCACCACACGCAUCACCGUCACCACCACCAACAUCAUCCAGACAGUGCGUCAACAAUGCAAAACGAAGUGCAGACACCACCGCCGGGACUGCUGGAAACUUUCGCCGCUAUUGCACGUCGUCGAACAUCUGGCAGUGGUUCGAAUUCCGUAACCAACGCCAAUAAUAACAAUGAGAACAAUAACGCCGCUUCAAAUCCGUCGUCAUCUGGAGCUCUCGUUGGCGGUGUAAUGCAAAACAAUAGUAACUUUUUCCCGCGUGGUCCAAAUUCGGUCACGAGUCUCGUGAAGUUGGCUCUCUCGACCCACACCGGACUGCUUAGCACGGCCCAAAGUUACCCGAGUCUGUUCAGUUCCACCUCAAACAACAACACAUCGUCCGGACCAGGUGGAGGCGGUAAUAGUGGCAGUGGGAACAACAACACCACCAACAAUAUGGUUGGAGUUGGUCAGGUUAAUCCAUUGAACCCUGCCCUGACCAUGAGCUUAACUUCAACCUCAAGCGAUAGUGAGCAGGUGUCGUUGGAGGACUUUUUGGAGCAAUGCCGCGCACCGACACUGCUCGGUGAUCUGGAAGACGACGAAGACAUUGAGGAUGAGAAUGAUGACGAUGAGAACGAAGACGAAUACGAGGAGGUUGGCAACACGUUACUGCAGGUGAUGGUAUCUCGCAAUCUGCUUUCCUUCAUGGAGGAGCGAACCUUCGAGAGUCGGCUACCAACGGCAGGGAAACGAAAAUCCUGGGAUGAUGAGUUUGUGUUGAAGCGUCAAUUUUCCGCACUCAUACCUGCGUUUGACCCGCGCCCCGGCAAGACCAAUGUCAAUCAGACGAGCGAUCUCGAUAUUCCGGCACCGGGAAGCAGCAGUGGACGGGCUACCCAGGAUUCGCCAACGCUGUCACUGAUUUUGCGCGGUCCAAACAUUAAUGGAGUGAACGAUGUUGAGGUUGAUCUGACACACUCGGACUGGACGAUUUUCCGCGCCGUACAGGAACUGAUGCUACAGACGUCUAUGCCCAAGCAGGAUAAGUUCCGCAAAAUCUGGCAACCAACGUACACGAUCAUCUACCGAGAGGCUACCCCUGGGUCGUCCUCUUCGCUGUUGGCUGGUGGAAAGGAAGACUUCAGCAGCGGAGAAGAAGGUCGUGCUACACCGAUCAUCUCGCUCUAUUCCCAGCGCAGCCACGGUUCGACAUUAUCUCCUAGCUCACCCAUUCCCGGAACACCGUCCAUUAUCGGUGGUCAGUACUGUUCCGUGGAGGACGUACUCCAGCUACUGUCGCAGCUAAACAGCAUCAACCAAUCGCUAGCCUCCGCGCCGACCAACAACGACAAGAAUUUGAUACCGGACGUGGAAUCCCAUUACCUAAACCCGGAGGUAUUCAUGAGUAAGAAGAUAACGAACAAGCUGCAACAGCAGAUCCAGGAUCCGCUCGUCCUUUCCAGCGGUAGCUUGCCAAAGUGGUGCGAAGAGUACAACCAGAGCUGUCCGUUCCUGUUUCCGUUCGAGACACGCCAACUGUACUUCAGCUGCACGGCGUUCGGUGCGUCGCGCAGUAUCGUAUGGUUGCAAUCGCAGCGUGACGUUAGUCUGGAGCGUCAGCGUGCGCCGGGUCUUAGCCCACGGCAUGCCGACCAACAGGAGUUCCGUGUCGGGCGGUUGAAGCACGAACGUGUAAAGGUACCACGGGGAGAGAAUCUGCUUGACUGGGCCCAGCAAGUGAUGAAGGUGCACUGCAACCGAAAGUCAGUGCUAGAGGUGGAGUUUGUCGGAGAGGAAGGCACCGGUUUGGGACCGACGCUCGAAUUCUACGCGCUCGUGGCUGCUGAACUGCAGCGAAGCGAUCUCGGUAUGUGGCUGUGCGACGACGAGGAACCGAAGCUGAUCGAGGACGAGAUCGACCUGGGCGAGGGUAGCAAACCGGUCGGGUAUUAUGUGCGCCGUUCGACCGGUCUCUUCCCGGCACCGUUACCACAGGAUUCGGAUAUCUGCGAAUAUGUGUCCAACUACUUCUGGUUCCUAGGAGUGUUUUUGGCAAAAGUAUUGCAGGACAAUCGGUUGGUCGAUUUGCCCUUGUCCAACAGCUUCCUGCAGCUGCUCAGCCACAGUCGCUCAAUAUCUCGCGGUGCGUCCAGCCAUUCGCUGUUCGGCGGUGGUAAAUCGAGCGUAGGCGAUGACAUUAUGAUCUCGUCCAUCAUGUCGGAGGAAAGCGAUCGCGACCGCGAUCUGCUGGUGGACUCGUACCAGUCCAAAAUGGCGACCAGCGAUGGUGCGUGGUACGAUGGUAUAUUGUCGCAGGAGAACCUGCAGGAGAUCGAUCCGAUACGGUACCAAUUCCUGCGGGAGCUGCAGGAGCUGGUGCAGCAGAAGCAAAACAUCGAACAGAACGAUAUGAUCAGCUCGGAGGAAAAGCUCCAGCAGAUCAGUGAAUUGAAGCUAAACACCAAAACGGGCUGUGUGGCGCUGGAGGAUCUGGCGCUUACCUUUACCUAUCUGCCGAGCUCGAAGAACUACGGCUAUGCGUCGGCCGAUCUGAUACCGAACGGGUCGAACAUUGAUGUGACGAUUAACAACGUGGAGGAGUACUGCAAUCUGACGAUUGCGUUCUGCCUGCAGGAAGGCAUCGCCCGCCAGCUUGCCGCAUUCCAUCGCGGGUUCUGUGAGGUAUUUACGCUGAACAAGCUUGCCGCAUUCACGCCGGAUGAGAUACGCAAGAUGCUGUGCGGUGAACAGAAUCCGGAGUGGACGCGCGAAGACAUCAUGACCUAUACCGAACCGAAGCUAGGAUAUACCAAGGAAAGUCCUGGUUUCCUGCGCUUUGUCAACGUGCUGAUGGGCAUGAAUGGAUCGGAAAGGAAAGCGUUCCUUCAGUUUACCACCGGUUGCAGCAGUCUACCGCCCGGUGGUUUGGCAAAUCUGCAUCCACGUCUCACGGUGGUGCGCAAAGUGGAUGCUGGCGAGGGUUCCUAUCCGUCGGUCAACACCUGCGUGCACUAUCUUAAGCUGCCGGACUACCCGAACGAGCAGAUCCUUCGCGAGCGUCUGCUGACGGCCACCAAGGAGAAAGGGUUCCAUCUAAACUAAAUCAAAUCUGUGUUGUUAUGAAAUGUUGUUUGUAGUGUUUUGCGAAACAGAACUAGAUUGUGAAAAUGACUGAUCGGAUAGAAGCGCGGAAUAAGAGCAAGUGGGCGAGUGUGUUAAGGAAAGUUGCGUGUGUGUGUUUUUAGCGUAAGGGCGAAUACGAAGAUAUAAGCAACGAUCAGAUAGAAAUGGUUAGCUGCAAAGGAAUUAAUUACUAUUUUAACUCGCACCACUUCGUUCGGCCUGAUCCGGGCUAAAGAUGUUAUAAUAUUAGUAGCCAUGCACACACACUGCACACACAUACCCGACGGGCAGUUCACCAUUACUCCUUUUCUCACGGUAGCUUGUGUCGUUUAAGCAAAUUCGAAAGCGAUAAAUAUUAUACGAAGAAAAAGGAAGAAACAAUAAGCUUUUUUGUUCGUGAAAUUGUACAUGAUACAACUAUUUCAACCACGGUAGGAUAAUAAUAAUAUUAGGUUAAAAAGCUAGAGAACAAAUCCAUCAGAGAUGCAAAUCCGUUCCUCUUUGCGUUUACACACACCAUAUAAGGUCCUUCGGCACUGUCUUAUCUGCUGCCCACACACAAUUGCUACCUUCUUGCUAUCUUCUAACAAAAAACGUAGUUUUCUGUAUGAAUGCGUGUGUAUGUUUCUGUAGUGUGUUUAGGAUGUGUGUGCCUGCGUGGAAAGUGUAUGGAUGUGAAAUUAUAGUUAGUGGAUGGAUCGGGUGAAUGGAAAACUGAAAGAGCCUUUUCAUCUCUACCGGAUUCUGCGCCCGUGAAUAGAUAGAACAAACACAACCAACUAACAAAACACAACAAAGCGAAGAUAACUUUACGGCGUGAAGAUCUGUAUGUGAUGGAUGCUAGGGGAAACAGUAGAAGAAGGUAGAAGAAACGGUAGAAUGGGGACGGGGCAAAGAAUAUGGUACUAACUAUGAGUUUUUCUGUUUGUGAUUGAUUAUUACAUAAAAUGUUACAUCGGAUUGCGCGUU